AUGGAUAUUUUGGAUCUGCUGAAGAAGAAGAUAAUUGAAGAUGUCUUUGAGGUUUAUCCCGACGCUGAGUGGAGUGUUCUUGUAUAUGAUAGUUAUGGAGCUAGCAUUCUAAAGAAUUUUUUUGUGAAGUCUGAGUUUAUCAGCCACAACAUAGUGACUUCUCAGAGAAUCGAGGAGCAGAGGGAAAGAGUGGAUUUUCCUGUGAUAUAUUUUGUAAGAGGAGAAGAAAGUAUUGUAAAGAUGAUAAACAGGGAUUUUGAAAACAGGUUAUAUCCAUCGUAUGCUGUCUGUGCAUUGGAGGAAUGUGAGGGUCUUCAGCCGCCCAUCAAGGUGAAGAAGGUAGAUGUGGACUUUCUUCCUUUUGAGCAGAGGGUUUUCAAGGCUACGGCAAAGCAAUUGUAUUCUGUAGCCAAGACUUUGAAUACGGUGUUUAAUGUAAGUUACUCAGGGUCUGUGUGUAGAGGUCUUGCAGAGAUUGUUGAGAAGACAAUGGGGAGUGAAGAAAGGAAAGGAGAGCUGAUUAUACUGGACAGGAGUAUUGAUCUUUUCACGCCGUUCCUUCAUUUUUUCACCUUCCGAACCUUACUUGAAGACCUCUCUGUGGAAAACAUGGAGGAGUUUGAAAAGAAAUACAUGAGGGACAAAGUAUGGGAAAGUGUCAAGAAUGCACAUCUUGGAGAAGUAAACUCCAUUUUAAGAAACCAAGCACAAAUACUAUCGAAAGUAGCCCAAAGACUGGAUACAAAGGUUGAUAACAAGGAUCUGAUGAAGAUGGUUCUCGAGGCGCCAGCAGCAGCAAAGACCAAGGAGAGCUUAAGUAAGAUUCUUGGACUGGCACAAAAAUGCUAUGAUCAAUUUGAUUAUCUUUCCAGGUUCAACGAAAUCGAGCAACUACUUGCUACAGGAUACGACAAGUCAGGAAGUAAAUGGAAAAUGAAAGUUGAGGAUGUGUUUGAGUAUCUUCGGAGUAGUGGGAUAGAAAGGUCUGACAAGAUUCGAAUCCUACUACUGCUCAAAGCGAAUGGGUAUCAAUUGCAAGACAACGAGGUAAAUCUUCUUAAAGGAAUGGGGUUUGAAGACUCUGAGAUUGAAAUUUCUUUUGAAAACCACGAGAGUUUUGUACCUCUCCGUGGUUCAGGAAACCACAAGUAUGAAGUCAGUCGAUACGAACCUGUGCUUGGUAAUGUCCUGAGGAGUUUUAUAGGGAAACAGAAAGGGCAUCUCCAAAUAAAUAGAUUGACAAGUAGCAGGUCGCAUCUGAAGUCUUUAAGGAAGACUCAUCUCUUAUCGGUGAAAAAGGAUAUCUCCUACCAAAAGCUAUACUGCGUCUACAUAACCGGAGGGAUAACAUUUGAAGAGAUAAGAGUUGCCUAUGAAAUUAGCGAGAGCCUUGGAGUUGAGAUUAUUGUGGGCUCUGAAGACAUAAUAACACCUAAGUCCUAUGUGGAGUAUCUGAAGUCGAAAUGCAUGUCAAAGAGUUAA